AGAAAGAAGGAAGGAAAGAAAAGAGAUAGGCGGCUCAGAAUCGCGUGUCGCGCGCACGAGCGCGUAGCACGCACACGCUCGUCGCGGAUUAUUCGUAGGGCUGUCGUGAAAAGUAAAACGCGUUGGACUCUUGGUAGAUACGAUGUACGCGCGCAUACACACGCAUUCCCGGUAGUGGAGGGGAAGGGGAAGCUGCACGGCUCACUCGCGAGACGAAGCGAGACGAUUCGAUCGGUAAGCGCGAGUAAGAGAGAGAGAGAGAGAGAGAGAGAGAGAGCGACGGGCGACGAGCCGUCCGGGGGACGAGAACGGCGGGCAUCGAUUGGCGCGCUAGCCGUGACCCCCACCAUGCCGCUUUCGCUUUCACCCAAUGAGGCCUCACUUUCGCGCUCGCCCGCGCUCCGAGCCACGGCAGCCGGCACGCUGUCGUCGCCGGUACUCUCAGUGAUUCUGGUGCACCCUAAGUGCGAGCGAACGUGCGAGAGCGUGCGUUUUUCCUCUCGUCAUAUUUCUCUGAGCCACGUACGAGAGAAAGAGAGAGAGAGAGAGAGAGAUAAAUAAAAGAAAAGAAAAGACGUGACAGAAAAAGAAACGUUCUUACGUUGGUGACUUUCUAUUCGCUAUCUGGUCGCUAAUAUUCGUCGAAGGCACGAAAAUUUGAUAGAUAAAGAGAAGGAGAGGGAGAGAGAGAGAGAGAGAGAGAAAAAGUCUUAUUCAUCCUUUGAAAAUUGCGUUUCGUCGAACGUCGCGCGCGCCCCUCACCGGUGACCCUGACACUCGGACACACUGGGCACACACGGCGCGCACGUCCUUUUUCGUGUUCUACAGCAGGCGGGAGAAGAAGAGAACGAGAAAGAAGACGGAAACAGCGGCAGCAUCAUCAGCAUCGUAGCGGCCGCCAGCCAGUUCCAAUCGCACGUUCCACGGUACGCGAUCACCGAGAGAAACUCACCUCUACGUUGUUUCUCGUCACAUUCGACCGAGUCAUCGAGAGAAAACAAAAAAGAGACGCGUUUUCGAUCUUAGCGUGAAGUUCGUGCGUUUCGAGAAAAGAAUCUAAAGAACGAAGUACUCCAAGUGUCCACCCUCCAACGGUGUCGCCUCGAUCGAGCUGACCUUGACUUUGAUUCUUCGCCGAUCUUCGUGAUCUCGUUUCGCCGAAUCGGUCGAGUCGAUUUUUGCGCCGGUAGACGGGUGGAUGAAUCCUCCCCGUCGUCGAAUUCUAACCUCCAAGUAACGUUCCAGAGCGAGACGCGCGCGCUCGUUCGUCGGUCGGGAAAGAGACGGAGAGAGAGAGAGAGAGAGACCACGUGACUUUCAUCCUGCUUCUCGAACGUGGAAUCGCGAAACGGGCGGGAAAAUGACCAAGUGAUCCGUACGUCGGUCGCUCGAACGUUAGUCGUCGUCGUCGUCGUCGUCGUCGUAGCGUCGCCGUUGGAAGAUAAGAGAAGGAGAAAACAGGGUAAAACCAUCGACGAGGAAAGAGGAGAGGGACAGAGGUAGGUGAGAAAGAGAGAGAGAGAGAGAGAGAGAGAGAGAGAUUAGAGGGAGGGUGGGAGGGAGAGACGAAAAUCGAGAAAAACGGCUGCAACGGCUUUCGAGGUCGCUUGUUUGAGAGCCAUGGCCCCUCGGCGCCACGGCAACGGUCACGCUGCUGGUGGUGGCCUCGGAGACAACAACGGUGUAGGUGCGACCGGAAGUAACGACGCCGUUCAAAUGGACAACAAUCUCGUGGUUGGCCAGAACAAUAACAUCAACAACGGCAUCAACAACAACCAAGGUACGACUCGUUGCUGCACACCGACGGGCGAAUGUCUGCGCAGUGACUCUCUUAUACGAAUGAACGCCUUGCAUGAUACGGUCAAGGUCAUCUGCAACAACGAGAACUGCCCGGUCGGUCAAUUUAUGCAUCGCGAGUGCUUCGAUGCGUGGGAACAAACUAUCCUGACCUAUCUCAAAAGCUGCGGACGUGCAAGAAGCUGGUCCGAGAGACAACGUCAUCAAAAUCUCUGGACGAAAAAAGGCUACGAUCUCGCGUUCAAAGCUUGCGGAUGCCGUUGCGGUCGCGGCCAUCUUAAGAAAGACCUCGACUGGAUGCCACCGGGCUUAGGUAACGCUGCCGGCAAUCGGCACGACGAGAACGAAGCGAAGAAAAAGAAACGACGCAAUCGGCAGAACACUCGGCCGACUUUAGCCGUAUCGGCCGGUCCACCGAACCACUCGAGUCACGUAGUUUCCGCGAACGGACGUGGCACCACCGAGGCACAACUCAUCGAGUCCGGACGCGGCAGAGCUGGAUCUCUUUCAUCGAGUACCGGCUCGAGCUCGCCACCAGCCACCAGCGAGCCCAGCGUCAGUCCUCUUCAUCAACCCCAGGCCAUCGUCAAGAAGAAGAGCAAGGUUGACUUUUUUGCAGAUCGGGCCAGACAAAGCUGCGGUGCCAACGGUAUCUUCUCCCGUCGUUUGGACUUCAGCGCGUUUAACAGCUUGCCCCGCACUAAACUGAACUCCUAUCAUAUUAAGAUGGAGGAUGAAGGUAAUCACGGCAACGACGAUACCAGAUGUUUCAUCUUAUCGACUUUGGCAGCCUUGCAGUGGUCCAGAGUCUCUUGUGUCCUUUGUCGUGCCGCCAUGCUUGUAUUCGAUCGGUAUCCUUUGGUAGACGGCACGUUCUUUCUAUCACCGCGACAACAUUCUCCGGCUUGUGCCGAGGUAAAGGUCGAAGGUCGCACGCAAUUCCUAUCGGCCGUUUGCAUGAGUUGCCUCGAAGGUAGCGGCAACGCUCCCGUGCGUUGUCGUUGCUGCACUCAACCGUGGGAUGGUUCCAGUUUGGUCCUUGGCACCAUGUAUAGCUACGACAUAUUCGCUGCUAUGCCCUGCUGUACGGAACGUCUCAAGUGCAACAGCUGCCAGAAGCCACUGAUCUACCCUCACCAGCGACUAAACUUUUACUCGGACUACAGCCGCGUGUUCGCCUGCCCGCACUGUAGAACCGUCGACGCCCACUUCGUGAAGCCUCUAUCGGUCUGCUUUACCCGCGAGCAAUUCCAACUCUAUAGUCAGUGGCCGUAACCAUUAGGGAAGUUAGCAAACCGGCGUCUAAGCAGUACGCCGUCCGACCCGAGCCCUCUCUUCUUCGACCCGUUGAUCUCCCUGCUUCGGGCGACCUUGCUCUAGAUAUUAUCCGCGAGAUUACGACGUUAUUCUUAUCUCAUUACGGCAUUAUUCUUUCUCUCUCUGUCUUCGAGACAACGUCCACGAAAUAAUUUAGAGAACGCAUCCGAUUUCUCUCUUCCCCGAUCUCAAGUCUAUUUUUUAUUCGCACGACUCCUUCAAACUCCUCUUGCCCUUGGAAAUUAUUCUUUUCAUGAUGGUCUUGAUCAAUCGCCUC